UUUUUUUUUUUUUUUUUUUUUUUUUUUUUGUGGACAUUGUUUAAACAUGAGUAAAACGUCAAAGAGUUUGAACCCAAGUCCCGAAGACGAGUUUACAAGUAUCGAUGCGCAACUUGAUCAUGUGAAUAGAGUAUUGAAAUGGAGCAUACUGGACUUGGAGAAGUUUACCUUUUCUUUAAAAGCAAGACUGGUUGCUGAGGAAGCGUAUGUGGCUGCCUUGACUAAAAUCACCCGACAUAACACGAUCGACAGUGCACCCACGCACAACAAUAAUAAUGGAUCGUCAGACACAAGUUAUUUUGGAGACUAUACAACCAGUUUUACCCAAACUGCCAGUACCUAUGAAAACUCCAUCGAAAAGACCGUGGAUUCUAGACGAGAGUUUAUUAGCUGUUUAAAGUCUCAAAUAGAGCUCUUGCAGAAAGUCAAGGACUCGCACGAUCAACGAAGAAAGAAAGUUAAGGCAGUAUUGGGCGAAAAGAAUGCAAACUACAUUACUUUUCGUACACGUGAUAUUGUCAAGCUUCAAAAGAGCUAUGUAAACAAGUGUAAUGAAUAUGCUAAUAUUCAGCAACAAAUCUUGAUAGCCAAUCAUGAAGAUUCUACUGAUCAUCACUUGAGUCCCGUCAUGAUGGCCAGAGCCUCUUCUGAAGAACCCAGAGUAUCCAAUGACAGUGGUAGAGAUGAUCAGUCCAUCCUAUCUCAAGAUACAAUCGCCGUCAAUAAUAAAAAGAACAGUAUGGCUGGUUUCAUCACACAAAUGCGUUCUCAACUUGCUAGUGCUGCUGCUGCCACCACGGAUCCUUCUAAGCAAACUGCUCGACUUGCUAAAUUAAAGAAGGAGAUUCAUGAUGCAGAUGGGGAAUACAGACAAGGGGUUCGAUUAUUGGAAUUCCUUCGCAAAAAGCAAGUAGAGACUGCUUUGCAUGCCAUGAGGCACGUCGAAGCCAUCUUGCUGGGAAAAUCGGAUGCAGUUAAAGCAGUGAUGGUGACACUAUCAAAGCAAGAAGAAGACACGUUAUUGACACAAGUAGACCUUAUUAAACAUUCACUGGGUACGAUAUACAGCAUGGAUGGACAACGCGACACGGAUAAAUUUUUGUUUGAGUAUGAAAAGAUUGGAUUUAUUAAGCCAAGACGUAUGUACUAUGAGAACUACUAUUAUGGCAAGUGCAAGGAGAUACUUUUUGGAUCUAACCUGAAUGAUUACUUUGCUGAACAUGAGCGCAGUGUGCCAUUGUUGGUGAGGAAAUGUAUUGAAGGAGUGGAGAUGCAAGGAGGAUUAGAAAAGGAAGGUAUUUACCGUAUAUCUGGACGACAGACGAAUGUAGAUGCACUGAAGAAUGAAUUUGAAAAAGAUGAAGAGGCAGCUAAUUUGGAGAAUAAUCGAUAUGAUGUAUUUACGAUUGCCUCUGUUCUUAAAAUUUAUUUACGUGAAUUAAAGCAGCCAUUAUUUAAUUUAAGCAUGCAAGAUCGUAUUCAAUAUUCAAAAAUUACAAAUGAUGUGGAACGUACCAAUCUACUUGUCACUAAAUUGUCCGAAGCCUCUAAACCACAACGAGACACUUUGGAAGCUAUUAUCAAACAUUUGGCAAAGGUUCAAGAGUGUUCACAGGCCAACAAGAUGACGAUCAAGAAUUUGUCGGUAAUUUUCACACCCGCCUUAUUUCAUGAUCACAAUCAAGUAGAGAAUGCUGGUGAAUGGUAUUCGGAUAUUGUAUUACAAGACCUGAUCCAACAACACGAAUCUAUCUUUUCCAAGACAACGGUUGGUCAACAGCAACAAAAGAAUCCAUUUGAUUCUCCUUCAUCUAGUGUUUUAAGCUUGCCUUUUACUAUGGGUGGUGUUCCUCCCAUUGUUAGAAGGCCUACCAAUAUGAAUAAUAAUAAUAAUAAUAAAUAAGUGUGUACAAACACAAAAAAAAAAAAGAAAAAAAAAAAAAAAAUUUUUUUUUAAAGAGAGACCGAUAUUAUUAUUAU